AUGAAGAACCUCUCAUUUCUUGCAGUCCUAUCUCUCUUGGCUUUAACAUUUCCAUUGGCCAUUGCUUCUGAUCCAAGCCCCCUUCAAGACUUCUGCGUCGGCGUCAACACCCCGGCAGAUGGUGUGUUUGUAAAUGGAAAGUUCUGCAAAGACCCAAAGCUCGUCACAUCCGAUGACUUCUUUUUCACAGGGCUUCAAAAGGCUAGACCCGUAGCUAAUGCUGUUGGGUCGAAUGUGACAGCCGUUAAUGUAAACAACCUUCCAGGGCUAAACACCCUCGGAAUCUCCAUUGUCCGUAUAGACUAUGGAGUCAACGGGCAAAACCCUCCUCACACUCACCCCCGAGCUACCGAGAUCUUGUAUGUCGGACAUGGAACUCUUUUGGUUGGGUUUGUCACAUCAAACGGUGAUGGUAAUCGUCUCUUUACCAAAACUCUUAAGGAGGGUGAUGUGUUUGUGUUUCCAGAGGGACUUAUCCAUUUCCAAGCAAACAUUGGUAAAUUUCCUGCCGUUGCAUUCGCUGCUCUGAGCAGCCAAAACCCAGGUGUUGUCACUAUUGCUAACACAGUGUUUGGGUCUAACCCAGCAAUAGAUCCCAAUGUUCUUGCAAGGGCGUUUCAGUUGGAUCCUAAGGUUGUGUUGGAUCUACAGAACAAGUUUAAAAAGUAA